GGUGCCCCGCAGUGCGGCGAAGCGGCCGGCGGGCGAGUGCGGAGCACGCGAGCGGGUCUGGGGCCUCGCUUCCCGCGUCUGGGCGCCAAGAGGAUGACGCGCUUCGCGCUGACAGUCGUCCGGCAUGGAGAAACAAGAUUCAACAAGGAGAAAAUAAUUCAAGGACAAGGAGUAGAUGAGCCCCUUUCAGAAACUGGAUUUAAACAAGCUGCUGCUGCUGGCAUAUUUCUUAAUAAUGUGAAGUUUACUCAUGUUUUCUCCAGUGACCUCAUGAGGACAAAGCAGACUGUGCGUGGGAUUUUGGAGAAAAGCAAAGUUUGCAAAGAUUUGACAGUAAAGUAUGAUCCAAGACUUCGAGAAAGAAAAUAUGGGGUUGCGGAAGGCAAGGCCCUCAGUGAGCUAAGGGCAAUGGCCAAAGCAGCUGGGGAAGAAUGCCCUGUAUUCACACCACCUGGAGGAGAGACCUUAGACCAGGUGAAAAUGCGUGGAAAAGACUUUUUCGAUAUUCUCUGUCAACUGAUCCUGCGAGAAGCGGGUCAAAAUGAACAGUGUUCCCAAGGAGCUCCAAGCAACUCUCUAGAAACUUCUCUAGCAGAGAUAUUUCCUUUAGGAAAAACGUGUGCUCCUGAAUCUAAUUCAGACAGUGCUGCACCAGGAUUAGUUGCCAGUGUCUUAGUUGUUAGUCACGGCGCUUACAUGAAAAGCCUGUUUAAUUAUUUUCUAACUGACCUUAAGUGUUCCUUACCCACAACUCUGAACAAAUCCGAAUUUAUGUUGGUCAGUCCCAAUACAGGGAUUAGUCUCUUUAUCAUAAACUUUGAGGAAGGAAGAGAAGUGAAGCCAACAGUUCAGUGUGUUUGUAUGUACCUACAGGAUCAUCUGAAUGGAGUGACCGACAGUCACUAAAAUGUAAAUUGACAUCCAGAUCUAGCAAUUUUGAACUUUUGAGGGAGUGCCUUUGGCUUUAUUUCCAUCCUCUGCUAGUGCUGACUUGGAAACAGUUAAAAAGCAAUUACAGCAGUUAUAAAGGUUGUAUGGAAUCAUGGCCACAGAGAACACUAAUGGAAACCACUUAGGAUUGACUUAUUUUGUCUUGAGUACAGUUGGCAUUUUCCAAAGUAAUUUUACUGCCCUGUUCAGUUACGUCUCUGGAUUGUAAAUGAAUUGAGGAAUUCAGUAUUGCAAAUUGAGGGAUUCACGACCUCAUAACUAUGUUUUUUCGUUUUCUUUAUGUUGAUACUUUAAUAUCUGAAAAAUCUAGCCUAUUCUAUUGGCUCUUGGUAAGAUGCUGUAUGUUUUUUACUAUAUCACCCAGUGCUUUAAAAGAAGGAAAAGAAGGUACUAUUUAUAAUUCCCAUUGAAUAUUUAUAGUGAGAACAUAUUGUAUUUUAGAAGUCCGUUAAAUUAAAAAUUCUUAACCAUCCUCAGUUUUAUAUAAAGCAAAAUGACACUAAAAUUUUUAAUAUAGAAAUCAGCUGUUGAAAUUUUUUUACUGUAGAGGGUUUGAAAUGUGGAUGAAUGGAUAUUAUGGUUGCAGGUUGGUCUGGUGAGGAAGAAUGGAAAGCAUUUGACUAAGACACAUUAAAGAAGGAAUCUCUGAUCAAAAGAAGAUAAAAGAGCAGGUCUUUCUCAUCUGAUUUAUAGGCUGAAGAGUUUAGUUUGGGGAAGGUUCUAAAGUCAGUAAGUGGUUACUGGUGUACUACAUGGUAACCUCAGAAGGAAGGGGGGGAUGCUUCCUUGGAAAGAACCUUGUUCUGAUAACCUCACUCCUCAACUGUGGGUUUGUGUGGUAGGUACAGUUGCCUCUUUUUUCCACCAGGUGGCACUGGAGAAAAGGGAUUUUGGUUAACUGAAUUUCGUACACAAGGUUGGCUCCUCAAAAAUCCUCAUCUAAAUGAGUGUUUUCCAUGUAGUUUGCUUUUAAGUUAUCAUGCUGAUGAAUGCUUUGAGUCUCACCUUACAAGAGUAUUAAUACUAAAGCAUGUCACUUAAGGCCAAAAUCACAUAUAGUCAAAAUUUACUUUGGACAGCUUGUCAGUCAUGUGUAAAGUUAACCUGUGUGUCCAUCCCUGCUCUUUGCCUGCCAGUGCUGGAAGAGAGCACGUGGUUGAGCACUAGAGUGAGGACUCCACAAGUGAGAACUUGAAAGGGGAAUUGAAAAGGAAGAAUUCUCACCAUCCAGAAAUAAUUACUUCCCCUUCUUCCUUUAAAAAAAAUUUUUUUUUUAAAAGAAGUAACACGUUGAGAUGUAAGUGAAGUUCCUUUAACUAGUUCCCACAGUGCUAUGCCCCUCUUGUACUCUGCAGAGGCCACUACCAUGGUGCGUCUAUAUGUAUUUUCAUCCAUUCUUGACGAUUUACCUAGGAUCAUAAGACAAUGGUAUUGCUUCAAUGUUUUUUAAAAUGUACCUAAAUAUCAUCAAUCUGUACUCUUUAUUUUCACUUAUUAUAUCAUGCAGUUCUAUCUAUGUUGGUAUGUAUGGAUGUACUUAUUAUCACUGUAUUCUGUUAAAUAAACGUGGCACGUUUUCA